AUUAGAAAAUGAAAAAUCCAUCUUAUAAAAUAGCCUAAAGCCACGCCACCGGAUGAUGGUAACCGGAGCAAAGCGUCGGAGUUAAAACUGGACGAAGAAGGUGGCCAUCGUCAUUGCAAAAUCCGGUCAUUAAUGAUGGAAAUGGAGCUCUAGUUUCUUCACUUAGCUACUGGAUUUUGCACUGCAACAUGAUCCGAGCUCUUCUACUGCGCAAAGGGAUCUCUAGGGCCCUCUCUCCCCCUUCAUCCAAUAAUUUUUCAUCCUUCUCUUCUUCAUCCUCUGUAUCGGAUUUGCUUUCUUCAGCACGAGCUCGUCACGUCGUGGACGGUGACCGCCAUUUGCUUUGCUCUCUAUGGUCCGUCAUUCAACACCGUGGAUUCAAAGUCCAAGGUUCCGAUGUGAGAGUGGGCAAUAUAAUUGAACGGAAAGAACGUAUUUUCCAGGUUACAAAAGUCGAACAUUCACAUGAAGGAAGAGGAAAAGCCACGAUUAAGGUUGAACUUCGUGACGUUGAAAGUGGAAACAAAGUAACUCAACGGUUGGCCACAGAUGAAUCUGUUGACAGGGUUUUUGUGCAGGAGAAAGCAUAUAUAUUUAUGUGUAGGGAUAGGGAUGCCAAAGUACUAUUAAUGGACCCUGAUACGUUUGAGCAACUGGAAGUUCCCGAGGAAUUGUUUGGUAAAGCUGCCAUGUAUUUACAAGAUGACAUGAAAGUUAUGGUACAACUUUUCAAUGACACUCCCUUAUCUGCAUCGGUUCCCAAACGAGUGACAUGUGUUGUGAAGGAAGCGCAACCACCUAUGAAGGGAAUUGCAGCUACUCCCAAGGAAAAGAAGGCGUUACUGGACAAUGGCAUGACAAUAAAAGUACCGCCACACGUCGUUGUUGGAGACGUUGUAGUGAUUAAUACAGAGGAUGACUCUUAUAUCGAGAGGGCAAAGGGAUAGUCACGUGAUUCCAGCGAUGAGGAGAGUUGGAUUGGUCACUGGGCCAUUUCAUUUUUACGCUAACGUGAACUUCAAUUUUUUGUUUCGUUGCUUUUCGAUGAGCAGUUCUACUGUAGAAAUGGAGGUAUAAAAGCUUUUAAUAUCAAGAUGGUAGACACCCUCAUAAAAUCUAGCAACGGCCAACAAUACUUUAGGAUUAUAUUGAAUUAUUGUUAGAUGCUUCUUUAUUAUGCCUUAUAGUUGUAUGGUAUAAGAGGGACAGAACUAUGUUUUACUGCCCCCAUAUUUGAUAUCCCAUUUUCAGUUAUUUAGGCCCUUCUUCUUCUGGAGGGUUUGUUUUGCGGAGAUUUAUAUGAUUGAUGAACUUGAUACGUGAA